CGUGGGAGCGGGUUGCAUCUAUCCCAUAUCGACACACACCAGUAUCUCACGAUCAUUGCUUGACUGGACGGUCUUCGUUGCUCCUGCUCCCCAUCUACGGUGAAUCGUCUGAUUAGAAAAUCGCGACGCAAUGUUCUUUCGAUUUGCUCUGACAUAUGGACUGGCGAUUGUGUCGGCCUUUGCACUAGUUGAGUCGGCAACAGAACCAGAAACCAAGAACCUGAUUGUGGACACCGAUCUUUUCGAGGCGAUUGACGACACCGCCGCGUUACUCCUCGCAUGUACAUUGCCAAACACGAACCUCCUCGCCGUGAACGUGAACGUCAACUCGACAUACACAGCUUUUGCUGCGUCCGCAAUUGUAAAUCAUUAUGGCUACAAUACCGUACCGAUCGGAGUGCCUAGGCCUUUUACAAACAUAACCUCUCCCGAACCAUUUGGAAACGAGUACGCGAGCAAAGUAGCUGCUGAGUUUUCCGGCGGUUCAGUGCCUUUCGGGCAGGUCAACAAGACCUGGGAUCCAGUAGAGCUAUAUCGCAAGACGUUGGCGGAGGCGAAGAACAAUAGUGUGACCAUCGUGUCAAUUGGCUUCAUGGGAUCGCUGUCUGGUCUCCUCAAUACAACCGGCGAUGCAUAUUCCUCUCUAGGCGGCUACGAGCUCGUAAAAGCAAAAGUGAAGGAGCUUGUGGUUAUGGGCGGUGGAUACUCACCAGAGCCAUCUCUCGAUGAAGAGUACAACUUUGCUAUCCAGAAUGCACCGCAUGUUGUCAACACUUGGCCCGAAUGUGUUCCCAUGACAUUCCUUGGUGCAGAAGUGGGCGUCGAGGUUUCGUCAGGCGCACGUUUCACCGUGUGUGGACCCCCGAAUGAUCCGGUCAAGUCAGCCUGGGAAUGGUACGGGUCCUAUAACAAAUCGGAAUACUCGUGGGACUUUUUGACCAUGGUCUAUGCAGGCAGGGGUCUAGACAGAUGGUUCGAGUACGGCAACAACAACGGGUACAACUAUCUAUAUCCGAAUGGCACUAAUGUCUGGGUGGAGGACGAACGACGGACUAGCCAGCAUUAUCUAAAGCUCAAGAUCUCGAACGAGACCGUCGCCCAAGAGAUGGAUAAUCUACUACUGCGCGGCGCGUGGGUACACGCUAAAUUGGACUGAAGCCUCGCACUAUGGAAAGAAGGGUUUCAAUCAGCCCAACGGUCUCUUAAGCUUUCAGGUUCUUGCAGUGGUUUAUGCGGCUGUUCCAUGGCGAUCUAGCAUUAUUGUCUCCAGGUGUGGGGUUCGUAGAAUAGCGAUACAAGGCUUUCACAACGCGAUCAAUGAUCUGCCGACUACCUAUGUACUCUUUCACCGGUACUUCUCUCUUGCU